CAGCUCGCGGUGCCCGCUCCGCUCCGCUCCCCGGCUCCCGCCGCCAUGUAUCUCUGCAGGGCCGCCUCGCAGGCGCUGGCCUCUCGCCUGAGCAGGGCUCCCACCGCUGCGAGCCGCCUCAAGCAGCGUGCACCUCUUCGCCAGAUGUCAUCUGGGAGUGUUCCUGGCUCUUCUGGAGAGAACAUGAUUUACUAUCUCCUUGCUGGUGUUGCUGCUUUUGGUGGUUUAUUUUAUGCCUACAGGGUAGUCAGUUCAUCCCGCAGCAAGUAUAUUGAACAUAUGAAUAUUCUUCAUGAGAGAGCUGAGGGGCGGAAAAACAAACCUUGGUCAAGCAAGGGUGAUGAAGAAGAGACGGCUGAAGUCACUGAAGAAGAGGUAGCCACGGAAGAGGCUGAUGCAGUAGCUGCUGCUGGACCUGCAGCACAGGAUGAGAGUGCUGGACCUGCUGCACAGGAUGAGAGUGUGGGGGUAUCCCCAGAAACUGGAGGGGAGAAUGACUUACCGGCUCCAGAGGCAUCCCCCGCUGUGGAGGACGUGCAGCAGGAAGCUGCUGCUAAUUUGGAAGUUGCUGCUAAUUCAGAAGCUGCUGCAGUGCAAGAAACUGUGAGUGAAGUCUUGGAUGUUGCAGCUUCUUCUGCCCAUGAGGAAAACUUAGACAGUGUCGAAGAAGGAGUAGCCUCAGCACCUCAAGAGAUUUCUGACACAUCCUCAAGGAGCCAGGACGUUGAUGCUGAAGAGUCGGGGCAAAUUGCAGAAGUUUCUGUGGAGGAGGAGACACCUGAAGAAGUUGCUAAGGAACCCUAAAGUAAACAGUGCUGAAGCCUUUGAA